AUGAAGCUUACAGCGUUUAUCAGCCUCUGGCUGCUGUCUUUCCUCCACAGAGCUCUUGCUGCCGAAGUCGUCCCCAGAUCCACCUUCACUGAGGUGAAAGAGUACGGCGACAACCCGACAGGCACUCGGAUGUGGCUGUACGUUCCGAAAACUCUAUCACCAAAACCCGCAGUAGUAGUUGGCAUCCAUUGGUGUUCUGGUAGCGCCCAAGCAUAUUACCAGGGCACACGAUGGGCUUCAUAUGCCGAGACAUAUGGGUACAUUGUCAUUUAUCCUCAGACGCCAUAUACUCGGGAUAAUUGCUGGGAUGUGGCAUCGAAGAUGACCUUGACCCACAAUGGUGGUGGUGCCAGUAACUCAAUCGCUAACAUGGCCAAAUUUGUCAUCAAGGAAUAUAAUGCCGAUACUAGCAGAAUAUUUGUUACAGGCACUUCCUCCGGUGCUAUGAUGACUAAUGUUAUGGCCGCAGCCUACCCUGACAUCUUUGCCGCAGGCAUUGUAUAUGCAGGCGUCCCAGCCGGUUGCUUCAAGAGCCAAGACGAUAUUCCUGACUUUUGGAACUCAACAUGCUCGACUGGUCAGUCUAUCUGGACUCAAAAUCAGUGGGCCAACGUCGUUAAAGAUAUGUAUCCGGGAUAUACUGGGCCACGACCAAAAAUGCAAAUCUAUCACGGCUCAGUAGAUGAGGUAUUGAAUUCGCAGAACUAUUAUGAAACUAUUAAGCAAUGGACUGGCGUGUUUGGCUAUUCAACCGAGCCAGUAUCUACAAAUCCUAAUUUCCCGCGGAGCCCAUAUACCCGAUACGUUUUUGGCGAUAAGCUACAGACGUUCUUGGGCCAAGGUGUUACUCAUUCCAUUGACGUGUUUUCUGAAGAAGACUUAAAAUGGUUUGGAUUUACUGAUCCAGUAAAACCAUCAUCCACUACUACAACCGCAAUACCUACAAGCACUGGUGGCUCAGAGACUUCUCCCCAAUGGGGCCAAUGUGGCGGGAUAGAAUGGACAGGCCCUAAACAGUGCGCAAGUCCUGCCAAAUGCGUUAAGAUCAACGAUUGGUACUCUCAAUGUCAGUAG